AUGUCUGCUGCUAUCCCUCAGUAUACCAUGUCUGACUACGCCAAGUUCGCUUUGGCUGGUGCCAUCGGUUGUGGUGUUACCCACUCUGCCAUGGUGCCAAUCGAUGUCGUCAAGACCAGAAUCCAGUUGGAACCAACCGUCUACAACAAGGGUAUGAUCAGCUCUUUCAAGCAAAUCGUCUCCGCUGAAGGUGCCGGUGCCCUUUUGACUGGUUUCGGCCCAACUUUGCUAGGUUACUCUUUGCAAGGUUCCUUCAAGUUUGGUGGUUACGAAGUUUUCAAGAAGUUGUUCAUUGACACUUUGGGCUAUGACCAAGCUGUUAACUACAAAAACUCUAUCUACAUUGGUUCUGCCGCUAUCGCCGAAUUUUUCGCCGACAUUGCCUUGUGUCCUUUGGAAGCUACCAGAAUUAGACUUGUUUCCCAACCAAACUUCUCCAACGGUCUAGUUGGCGGUUUCUCCAGAAUUAUGAAAGAAGAGGGUCUAAGCUCUUUCUACAACGGUUUCACCCCAAUCUUGUUCAAGCAAAUUCCUUACAACAUCGCCAAGUUUUUGGUCUUCGAACGUGCUGCUGAAGUUUACUUCGGCAUGGCCGGUCCAAAGGACUCCUUGUCUGCCUCUACCACCACCGGUUUGAACUUGUUGUCCGGUUUGACCGCUGGUUUGGCUGCUGCCAUCGUCUCUCAACCUGCCGACACUUUGUUGUCCAAGGUCAACAAGACCAAGAAGGCUCCAGGUCAAUCUACCAUCGGUUUGUUAGGUCAACUAGCCAAGGAACUAGGUUUCGUUGGCUCUUUCGCCGGUCUACCUACCCGUUUGGUCAUGGUUGGUACCUUGACCUCCUUGCAAUUCGGUAUCUACGGUACUUUGAAGAAAUCUUUGGGUUGUGCUCCAGCUAUCGAAAUUGCCAGCGCCAAAUAA